AUGCUCCAUGUCGAACGGAAUCGGCCCCCGUAUUUCACUUAUCUCUAUAGAUUUCGCGAUUCGCCCUCUCUUUCUACCACUCCGAACAAACACUAGUGCGUUUCCAUUUCUCGACGCGGUCGGUCGUUUCGUUCCUCGACGAUGGAAGAUCGCGAUUUUUGAAUUCCGAAUGCGUGCGUGAUUUUUUAAAGGUAUCGCGGGAAAACUUUUAGUGGUGUGGUUUGUGAUUUUUUUGUUUUGAAUAGUGUUUGACUUAUAACUGUGGAUGAUAAUUUAGUGAUUUGUGGAAAGUGUCGUGAUUUUACUGAAUCAAAGAAUGUUCGCACACGAUCGCAUCAACAGAUAACAGUAAAAAUGACCAUAAACUUGAGUGGGAAAAAACUGUGACAUUUCAAAACAAUCGUGCCAAAACAAUGUUUUGCUGCAAAGAACUGAAACUACUCUACGCCACUAUUGUUCUGUUACUCGAAGCUGAGUUGCUGGUGAACACAGGUGCUAUGGAGUCGAAGCGGUCUUCCUUGUUGGCGCAAAACGCCGAUGAAUUGAAAUCUUUGGAACUAUGUAUUAGUAGGAAUCAGCAGAGGCUGGGUAGUGUUUUUGGGAAUUAUACGAGACAUCACAAAAAAGGUCACAGAAGAAGAACAACCACCACAACACAAACAACAGUCAUCUACACGACGGCUGUGGACAAUGAGGACGACCUUACCAACCCCUUCACCACCAGCGAAACCCUCACCACCCCCCACCCCAAACUACCUAAACCUCAAAGGCUAUCUUCAUACAAAGACUACGAUGUACAUAUAGAUAAAAAUGCAAUUGAAGAUGAAAUAAGUGAGAUUAUAGAAGGUUAUAAGCACCAUGAGAAAUUUACAGAGCUAGAUGAAACAUCAUUAGCUAAAUCUUUUAGUAAAGUUAAGAAAAUGUACAGAGAUUCUGCGGGGUCGGCCGCUAAUAAGUUAAGUGGGAAGGUUGGAAAGACGGGUAUAUUUUUGACUGAGAAUUGUACAACUGUUAUAGCACAGAUAGGAACUACAGCUGUUUUACACUGUGAAGUUAGCGAUAUCACAGAGAACACGGUAACGUGGAUAAGAAAAAAAGACUAUUCCUUGUUAUCAGUGGGGCUGGUUACAUACAGCGCAGACAACCGAUUCUUUUCUGCCCAUGGCCGACAUGUGAAGGAUUGGGCCCUCCACAUACGGUUCUCAACAUCUGCAGACGGUGGUUACUACGAGUGCCAAGUUCCAACGCACCCGCCUACGAGUAUCUUCUUUAAGCUAGUUCUCGUUGCUGCCUACGCGGAGAUCAUGGGUGAAUCCGAGAAAAUUAUUCACGAGGGCUCGAUGCUGAGGCUAGUGUGCGUGGUGCGGCGCUCCACCGAGCCGCCGUCGUACGUCUUCUGGUACUUCGAGAACAGAAUGAUCAAUUAUGACCUGAACGGCGUGAGCGUUCACAACGGACGUCAGACCAGUGAGCUGGUUAUUGGGAAAGCGGAGCCACGGCACGCAGGAAACUACACCUGCGUGCCGGCCAACGCCAAAGCUGCAUCUGUCACCGUCCACGUUGUACAGAGUGAAACCCCGGCAGCAAUGCAGCACGGCAACAACUUUUCAGCCCGAACCACCAGCUUACACUUGCUGGUCAGCAGCUUCGUUUAUCUAUUGGCAUUAAGACUUUUGCUGACACAAAUAUCCUUAGAAUACGGAUAGCGAUAAAAGCGUAAAAUAAUAUUUUGUUAUCCCUUUAGUUGGGAAGAAAAGUAGCUCAUUUUGCAAAAUAAACGCAAAGGACGCCUAGAUGAUGGAUUAAAAAUUGAGGUUUGUUUCUACUGGCCUGGACGUCAACGUCAAUAUCAAUAUUGAGUUUUUUUUACAGUAAGUCAUACGAUGGUGUGUAUUUUAGUUUACUCCUAAAAUAAAAAUAAAAUAUUUUAAUAUCGUAUUGUGUUUUGGUUUAGCUGCCACUUAUGUUAUUGUGAUUAGGAUAUUAUUAUGUUACUUAGCUUAAAAUUUAGCUCCGUUAGACUUAUUAAUAAAGCGUCUAAUUCAUUGAGCUACUUUUCUUUUCACUACCUACACCUUUACUGUUUAUAAUAAAUAAUUAUGAUCUGGUGUUAAAUAUGGUGUUUUUUCAGCAAAUGUUUAACGUCUGUUUGUCUUUUCCUAGAAUUGUUUAUUAGGAAACCCAUAUAAAUUACCUAUAUUUUAGACAAAAUGUUAUAUUUAAAUGAUAUAAUAUUGUUGUGAUUGUACUAAUAUUAUUUAUCAGCUAUUUUGUUGUUAUAAGAAAGAAAGAAAUAAAAUACAUUUAUUUAACGCCACAACAGAUUACAUAUAUGAAAAAAAGGAAACAUACAGACAAAAAACAUUGGACGCUAAAAUAGGACCCCACUCAGCAUAAUGCCGCGGUAAUCCGCGGCGCUGGUUUUCAGUGGGACCUGACUUAAAACUAUGAGUUGGUGGCGACACAUACGCCAACGACACAAACAAAAAAAACCAUUAUUAUAUUAGAAAGCCAUUAUUAGAAUUGUCAUGUCCUCAAUACUUAAUGAAAACUUUUAUUUGUUACAUAGGAAUUUGGCUAAUUAUGUGGUAAUUUUCAAUUGGAUUGCUGUAUAUUUAAAAAUGUAUUGCCAAUAAAUUAAACACAAUCAAAACUGUUUUUGAACCGCCUUCAUUUAAUAUACAAAUUUUGGAAAAUCAUUUUCGCUAGCUGUAAAAAUAUUUUAUUAAAAUGCAAUAAACUGGCUGAAAAACACCAAAAUAUUUUUCAAAGAUUUGUCAUGUAUCACAGUUAAUAAAUAAAAGUAUACCAGUUGAGUACAAUAAUGUUAAUGUACAUAAAUUGUGAAAUAAUACUUACAAUAAGUAUGUAAUAAGAGAAAUGUAAUUAUCGACACUUGGAUUUAAGAAUAAAUAAUAAUUUUGAAUUCAACGUGCCAA